AUGGUAACAUCUUCUGGCUGUAGCUUCGUUAAGCAUGCAGAGGAUGGUCCACUGGUCUCGUACCAUGACUACAUCAUCAUCGGCGGUGGGACUGCUGGCUGCCCUUUGGCCGCAACCCCUUCGCACGACUCCGACGUGCUGGUGUUGGAACGAGGAGGCUCCCCGUAUGGCAACAGCAACAUCUCCAACCUCGCGUCCUUCAUCAGAAACCUCGCUGACGUCUCCCGGCCGACUUGGCCCACCCAGCACUUCGUCUCCGAGGACGGCGUCAUCAAUGCGCGAGCCCGCGUGCUUGGCGGCGGGACAUGCAUCAACGCCGGGUUCUACUCUCGGGCUAGUGGCCAGGAGGUGAGGGAGAUGGGCUUGGACGCGGAGUUGGCGGAAGAGUCGUACCGGUUGGUGGAGGACGUGGUUGCUUUCGAGCCACAGCUGUCUGAGUGGACUUCGGCCCUCAAGGACGGGCUUCUCGAGACCGGAGUUACUCCGUACAAUGGUUUCACGUACGAGCACUCGAUAGGGACCAAAGCUGGGGGGACACCGUUCGAUCACUAUGGUCACCGGCACACGGCAGCCGACCUGCUCGAGCAUGCCGAUCCGAACAGCCUAACCGUGCUCUUGCGCGCCACGGUUCAGAGAAUCUUGUUCAGGAAGAGAGGAAGACAGACGCCACAGGCAUAUGGCGUGCUGUAUUCGGACGAGAUGGGCGGCAUGCACGAGGCCUACGUGAAGGAUGGCUCGGCCGGCGAAAUUAUCUUGUCAGCGGGAGCCCUCGGAAGCCCGCAGCUACUCAUGUUGAGCGGCGUCGGUCCCUCUGAGCACCUCAGAUCUUUUGGCAUCGAGGUGGUAUUGGAACAGCCGAUGAUCGGGCGAGGCAUGUCGGACAACCCCAUGAACAUCAUCACCGUCCCUUCGCAGCAGCCAGUCGAGAUCAGCUCCAUCCAAGUCGCCGGAAUAACUCACUCAGGCAACUACAUCGAGUCCUUUACCGGCUUCAACCUAGCAGCUUCUCUCGUCCAUGACACCUCUGGUGGUGGUACAGAAACAUCCGACCAGAACCCUCAACUAUCACCACCUCCGUCUAAGGAAGGAAAGCAAGACGUGUUUUCAUUCCAAGUCGGCAUAAUACUUGAGAAGUUGGCGCGCCCUCUUUCUCGAGGUUUCCUUCAGCUCAAGAACCGCAAUCCAGACGACAACCCCUCCGCCACCUUCAAUUACUUCACGGAGCCUGCGGACGUUGAGGCAUGUGUCGAGGGCUUAGAGACGAUGAAGAGAGCGCUCGAGACGAAAGGACUGUCGAAGUUUAGGUACCCCAAUCAAUCACUGGAAGAUCUACUGGCCCUCUCCGCGAGUUCGAUCCCGAACCACCGUCCACGGCAUGAGAAUGACCCCACCUCCUCGGAGCAAUACUGCAAGGACGUCGUGCUCACCAUACACCAUUACCAUGGAGGGUGCUUAGUUGGCCAGGUGGUCGAUCACGACUACAAAGUUCUUGGCCUUGACUCGCUUAGGGUCAUCGACAGCUCCACGUUCAACUUCUCCCCUGGAACGAAUCCUCAAGAGACCGUCAUGAUGUUGGGAAGGUAG